AAUAUAACAUUGGUGCCGUCACAGUGUAAAGGAAUUGAAACGUCUGAAGACGGGAAUAAGUUUGUUAGACCAUCAUUUGUUAGCUGUGAAGAGUUAAGGCACGCUUACACUGAUAAUCAGCACACCUAAUGUAUCACCAGGACACAAUGUUACCAUGAAACUGCCUGACAACGAUCACAUUACUAGUUACAUUAUACCAGGAGUUAUAGUUGGAACUAUUUUAUUAUUUAUUGUUAUUGGAGCAGUGAUUUGUGUGUUUAGAAGAAGAUCAGCUCAAAGAACAUCGAAUCUUAAACACGAUGCGCUUCGACCUAUUAAUACAGAAGAGAUUGGAAAUGUAAUUAACCAAAAUCGUUAUUCCUACAGUGAGGUGAAAGUGGAGGGUAGCAACCAACACGACAAUAUGAACGUUAAAGAUGACGACCAAUACACAACAGGGACAUCAGAUGUGUAUGAUCAUUUGAAUGAACAUAAGAACAGAAAAAUAAAAACAGAGAAUCCACAUGCUAUAUAUGAUCACUCUAUCGGAGACAAUGAUGAACCUGAUUACGACAGUACCAAACACGUAGUACCGGCAAACCCGGAUUACCAAGAAGUACGAAUUGGUACCGAAGCGGAAAGCACCAAAGAGACGCUUUAG